AAGCUUGGCUCAAACCCUGUGGCAAGGGGAGAGCAGCUAUGGCACAGUAUAAAGGGACUAUAAAGUCAUUCAACCUCGACAAGGGCUAUGGGUUCAUUGAGAACUCGGAGACCAAAGCCAUCUAUGGGAAGGAUGUGUUUGUCCUCAAGACUUCUCUUCAGGGACUUCAAGUACCAGUCAACGCAGGAGACGAGGUGAUGUUUCGCGUGAUUGACAGUGUCAAAGGGCCUCAGGCUGAGAACAUUGUCGUCCUCAAAAGUCUUACUGCCAACGGCAUGGGUGCAGGUGGCAUGGGUGGUGUGGGUGGCAUGGGUGGUGCGUGCAUGGGUGGCAUGAACCAGGUGCCCCAGGCAGGCUUCGUGUCUCCUGGAGGCUUCGGGCCGAGUGGCUUCACGCCAGCUCCACCUGCAUUUAGGCCACAAGGUCCACAGGGUCCACAGGCUCUACAGGCUCCAAGGCCGAGUCAACUGUCGGGUCAAAGCCCUUAUAGUGGUCAGGCUUCAUCUCAGUACGUGGGCAUAGUGAAGUCUUUCAAUACCCAGAAAGGAUGGGGCUUCAUCACGAGCGAGCAAAUCCUACAGUCUUUUGGCAAGGAUUUGUUCUUCAUGAAGUCUUCUCUUAGAGCACCUGUACAGGAAGGUCAGCAAGUGACCUUCACCGUUGUGCAUGAAGCAACUCGGGGUCCUCAGGCGCAGAACAUCAGCUUGGCUGGUGGAAUGGUGCCUCAAGCGGUUCCAACAUCUGCGUAUGGAGCACCCUUGCAAGUCGGGCCGGGCUUUGUGCAAAGCCCUAUGCAGAUGCAGUCCGAACAAUACUUCUUUGGAGCUAUUAAAGGCCUUGAGCUUGACGUAGUGAUAAAUUGUAAUUUUGUGGUUGCUCAAGGAACACUGGUACCUUAAUCUAGAGUGACUUUGGAGACCCAGUCGAAAGCACAGUCAUGCAUGAACCCUUUUGCACCGCUUGAAGAUUUCCUAUAGACCUGUAUCGUUGCGCUGGUGUUGCUACCAGCUUCAUGUGCAAAAAACCCGAAGGACACGGCCAAAUGUCCAGCAAUAGGUUUCAGUUCGCUCAAGGUUUGCUUCCUUCCAGGAGGCCUUGAGCUCGACUCCCGAUUGUGUCCCAUCUUACUUCCAUGGUGCAAUUUCUUUGCCGUGCGCCGUGCGCAUGCUUCCUUGCAGCAAAAGCACUAGUACCCUAAAAUUGCCUGAGCCCAGUUUGGGCGACAGCAACAUGUUCAGGCAGCUGCAUUUUGUCAGACAGAUUGAUCACGUAGCAGACCGGUAACACAUGGUUGGACGUGAUUUUGAUCGGCAGGAUACAAUCAAGAGAAAGGAUGGGGACACAUAACUUGCCAGGUGGCAAAGAUCCUGUUUGGCAAGGAAGUCUUCGUGAUGCGAUCAGCCUUAGGUGAUGCUGUAGUUGAAGCUGGCACUUUGGUGGGCUUCAAGGUGAAGCAAACUGAUAGGGGCCCUCAGGCCUAUGAAGUGAAGGCGUAUCCACCCCAAAGUUAUGGCUUUGAAGGGCAGCCAGGGAAGCGCUACGCUGGUUCAGUCAAGUUGUUCAAGGAAGAUAAAAAGUGGGGCUUUGUCACGAGCGACGAGAUCAAGAGCUUGUUUGAUGGCAAGGAUAUUUUCCUGCACAUGCAAGCGCUGAAUGAUGGCAGUGUUCUUCCAACUGCUGGAGAUGAAGCCCACUUUUCCAUCGAAAUCGGGGAGAAUGGCAAGCUCCAGGCACACGAAGUGGAUCUUAUACCGCAGCAGGUUGGGUUUCAACCAGUUCGCCAUCCGGUGCCUUCAAGAGCGGGUCCAUACUAGCGAGGAAAAAGAUUUGGCAUCGCUUGAGUUGAUACAGGUUAG